GUUUGGGAGAUGUGUGGGGGGGUCCCGGCGUGCCCCACAGGAGCUCAGUGGCAAUGGGGCUUCGUGCUGCCUUCUGAUGCCGAAGCCAUGGGUUUGGGUUUGGGUUUGGCGUCAGAGAGGCACGGGGACUCUCCUCCUUCCCGCAGUCUGCAGACAAUCUCCUGCCAUGAGCCUCCCCUGUUUAUUUGGUCCUUUCGGCAUCUUAGUGGAAUAUUUUAAUAUAAAGUUAAAAAAAAUAAUGCACGAAGAGGCGGGAGGCAGAGGGGAAGUGUGUGAAGGUUACCUUGAGCUGAGCACCGCUCUCUGAUUCCUGGCACCAGGACAGGGUUAAAUAAAGUUUCCCAGUGGUGUGGAGCUGGGGAGCACUCUCUGGGUCCGGCCCCGGGGUGCCCUCACCCCCAUCUGCUCCUUCGCCCUCUGACUUUUUCAUAACUCCUGGAGCAGGUCAUGCCCAAUUUCCCCUUCCCAUGGGCGCAUUCCCUUGCCCAUGCACCUGGGACCUCAGCCAUGCACAGGGCACUGGGAACAGCCAGGCUGUGGCUGUGCAGUGACCCCAUUGUGUCACCCCACGCACAACCACGGGGCAGUGGGACGCGGUGGCCCUGGGGCUUUUCCAUCCCCUGGACGCUUCGAUUUGGGAAACGCAGUGGAAUUCGACCGAACAGAGGCAGUCCCAGAUGCAAUGCAACCUUUUGCCACUGCACGUUGGCAUCUGCCUCAUUUGUGGGACUUCCUCACCCUGAGACUGAAAUGAAUGGAGAACCUCAGGGCUGGAGAUGCAGCCAGGGACUUCUCACUGCUCAUCCACAGGGUGCACAGCCCUGAUCCCGGUAGAGAUGCUUGUGGGAGUGCCUGCUGCUGAGAGCUGCUGCACCCACUGAUCUGCUCCAAAGCUCCAUCCCUUCCCCGUGGUCCUCCAUGCUGCAAUGUCCCUCUGGGGAGCUCAUCCAGGAGGGGAAUAAUGCAGAAUCCCCCACAAAGGAGAGCAUCUCCCUGGUCCUCCAGGAGGGAUGAAGAUGCUAUGGCCAAACUAUGGGUAAAAUUCCAGCGCUCUUUUCGGCGGAGACCCGUGCGCUUCUUCACGCUGCUGGCUCUCUACCUGGCAGCUGGCAGCUUGGUUUUCCUGCAUGCUGGCUUCACUGGGGAGUCCCGGGUCACAGGGAGCCAGCGCAGCCCUGGAGCAGGCGAGGGGCUGGGGCUGCCCUACCUGGGGAGCACGCGGCUGAGCCGAGGUUUCCCGGAGGUGGCAGUGGGCCGGCGGCGUGGGCCCUGGUUCAAGGGCAUGGCCAAGGAACCAGCAGAGAGGAGCAGAGCGGGUGACUACGAUGUGGUGCGGAGCCGAGCACCCAAAGGCCGCGGCGGCCGUGAGAAGGAGGAGGACAGAGCAAGAUACAUCGGUUGCUACGUGGACAACACUCGGAGUCGCACACUGCGUGGCGUGUCCUUCUUCGACUACAAGAAGAUGACAGUCUUCCGUUGCCAGGACAACUGUGCUGAGCGGGGCUACCUGUAUGCGGGGCUGGAAUUCGGUGCUGAGUGCUACUGUGGCCAUAAGGUGCAGGCACCCAACGCCAGCGAAUCUGAGUGCAACAUGGAGUGCAAGGGCGAGCGGAGCAGCACCUGCGGCGGAGCAAACCGUCUCUCCAUCUACCGCCUGGAGCUGGCCCAGGAGUCUGCCCGACGCUAUGGCAGUGCGAUAUUCCGGGGCUGCUUCCGCCAGCCAGACAAUGUCUCCAUCGCCCUGCCUGCCAGCCAGCCCAUGCCCAACAUGUCUGUGGACAAGUGUGUGGACUUCUGCACUGAGAAGGAGUUCCCGCUGUCGGCGCUGGCUGGCACUGUCUGCCGCUGUGGCUUCCCCACCACGCUUUUCCCCCUCCAUGAACGUGAGGAUGAGCAGCUCUGUGCCCAACGCUGUGCUGGAGAGGAGUUCGAGAGCUGUGGUACCAUGGAGUUCCUGCUUGUCUACCAGACUCAGGUGCAAGACAACCGCUGCAUGGACCGCCGGUUCCUGCCCACUCGCUCCAAGCAGCUCGUUGCCCUGGCCAGCUUUCCUGGGGCUGGCAACACUUGGGCACGGCACCUGAUCGAGCUCGCCACUGGCUUCUACACUGGCAGCUACUACUUCGAUGGGUCCCUCUACAACAAAGGGUUCAAGGGUGAGCGGGACCACUGGCGGAGCGGGCGGACGAUUUGCAUCAAAACCCACGAGAGCGGCCAGAAGGAGAUCGAGGCCUUCGACGCGGCCAUCUUACUGAUCCGCAACCCCUACAAGGCGCUGAUGGCGGAGUUCAACCGCAAAUACGGGGGGCACAUCGGCUUCGCCGCACAUGCCCACUGGAGGGGCAAAGAGUGGCCGGAGUUCGUGGCCAACUACGCGCCAUGGUGGGCGACCCACACGCUGGACUGGCUGCGCUUUGGCAGGAAGGUGCUGGUGGUGCACUUCGAGGACCUCAAACGGGACCUCUUUGCACAGCUGAAGCGCAUGGUGGGGCUGCUGGGCAUCGCUGCCUGCGAGGACCGCCUGCUCUGUGUCGAGGGGCAGAAGGACGGCAACUUCAAGCGCUCGGGUUUGAGGAAGCUGGAGUACGACCCCUACACCCCCGAGAUGAGGAAGGUGAUCAGUGGAUACAUCCGAACGGUGGACACCGCUCUGAAGCUCCGCAACCUAUCGGGGGUGCCGGAUGACUACUACCCGAGGUGACGGUGACGGUCGGGGGGGGACCUGCCCCUGCCUGGGGAGGGAAGGAUUGAUUUCCUCUGCCUGCUUCCACCCAGUGGGUGGCUUUCUUGUAAUUCUCCAUCUGCUGCUAGAGCUGUUAAUCAACCCCCUGCAUGAGAAGCGCUCGCUCCCCAGCCAUUGCUCAGCUUGCUUGGUUGAUACCUCCAUGGAGCUGGGCACCGAGGGGAUGCAUGGUGCCCAGCCACCGCUGCUGGUCCCUUCCCCCAUCCCCAUCCUGCAGCUGACCCCCUGCUGUGCUGGACAUUGCAGAAGCAGGGUAAUUCAGGUGGUGUGGGGUUGAGAAGCUCCAUCCCCCUCCCAUGUUGGCUGCUGCAGCAUCCUUCGCAAUGCAAGCAGAUAUUUGUGCAUGGAUGCUGCAAUGCUCGGGCUUGUCCCUGCCCCCCUGGGGCACGAGCUGGCUUUUGUGGCUGUCCUUACGCUCUCUCCACUCCUUGCCCAGCUCCUUUCAGCCUCUAGGAGAGAUGGAGCUAAUUCCAACAAGGAGAACAGGGUGUAGGGGGCAGCACCAUAGGUCACUGAGGGAUGCAGGGAGGUGAGGUGAUCGUGUCCCCUCCUAUUCACCAUCUCUGGCUUCUAUGGGAGCCACCCCCCUGAGUGGAGGGUGGAGGACUGACCACAGAGCAGCUGGCAGGGCCCAUGGGAGCAUCCAUUCCUCAUUGCAAAAGCUCCCAAGCCAGAAAAAAACCUAGGGAGCUGUUUUGGGGGAGGGCAAGCAGGUGGAGGUCUGGAUGAGAGCUGGGCCAGCUCUAAGCUGUGACUGUGAGACUGAGGUGCAGGGAGGACCGGGGCAUGGAGCACAGCUUCUGCUCCCACCCUGGCCAUGGGCAAGGAGGAAACCAAAGGAGCUCUGGGCCUGGAAAGCAAUGUCUGUGAAGCUGGCUCGGUGCAGGGCUGCAUGUGGCCCCAGACCCCCCAACGCAGCUGGGUGCCCAUCCCUCGUAUGGAUGGAGGUGCAAAAGCCAUAUCUUGUCUGCAGCCUUUUCUAGAGUUAGGUACUCAACGAUUGGCUUUUAACUCUUGAUCUUGAUAGACACACGUGCACAGGUCCGAAAUCUAUAGACAGCGAUCAAUCCAUAUUCAAAGAAAGAGAAGAAAACUCCACUGGAGAAGGAGAUAAUCAAUAAAAUAUAUUUUUCUAACGUG